CCAGGAAAGACCUGUGUGAAGGGUGCCUGUUGUCAUUUUAUCCCAUGGCUGAAGAUGGCUUGCCAAAAACUCAUUCUCAUCAUCCAACAGAAAGCAGUAAAUCAGCAACUGAAGCAACCAUUUUCUUGGGGGCUGACAACACCCUUCCCAGAACAGAAACAACUAUUACUUCAGAAGGAGAUCACAUCACUUCAGUAAAUGAUUAUACACUAGAAAGUGAUUUUUCAGCUACCGCAGGGAACAAGCUUACAUCUCCAAAGGAAAGAAAAAGGUUAGAAGAUGAUACUGAGAACCGUAUUUUUAAAUCAACAGCCCAUCUGGAGAAAGAAAUCACCACUCUCACAGGCACUGCAAACUCCAUGUCUGAAAAUUUCAUUCCAGUGAAGAUAGAUAACAUCUCAACACCAGUUACUACUGUUUCAUUAAUAGAUUUUUCCAAUAGCCCAGCAAAAGAAGAUAUUCUCUUAGAUACCAUUGGCUCAGGGGACGAAGAUAUACUAAAAACUACUGAAAUUUCUGGCUCACUACAGGAAAUCACAGCCAAUGUGGCCGAUACUUUUGCCCUUCCAGAUAAAAAAAGUAAACCAGAUAUUAACUAUUCCUCAGUUGAAUCGACGAUUACUGCUGAUGCGGCUAUAGAGGUCAUUUGUUCCUCUAUUGCUGAAAGUGAAAAUAUUUCAGCUGCCGAAAAAAAGUUUACCACGAUUCCAGACAUAACCACACUCCCAGAAGAGAAAAUAACUGAAAUUGACCUAAUUCUUCCAGAGGAUGAUGACAAUGCAGUGCCUAAACUAACUGACUCAGAUGAGGAAAAGUUCAUUACUGUUUUUGAACUUACAACCACUGUUGAAAAGAACAAAGAUAAUACAGAAGACAUUCUGCUAACUGACGAAGAAUCUGUGGAUGGAGUCAAUGCUUGGAUAGAGAAAGAGUCUGCAAACGAAGCUGAGAACCACCCGGUUUUACUUACUGCUGUUGAAUCCAGAUACGAGUUUGUUAUCCCCACGUCAAAAGCUAUGAACUUCACAGGAGAUCCAUCUACUAGAAGAAGAAAUCUGUCAGAAAAUAAUAGGCAAGAAUCAGAAACUGACGCUGACCCAUUUUCAGCAACCAUACCUACUCUAGACACAACAAACCACAAGGAAGACGCUUUCACAACUGAAAUGGGGGUCUUUAAACUACUAAAAGAAGAUCCAGAUGAGCUCCUGAUUUGAAAGCAGCAGAGAGGUCUUAAUCACUGAUAAUGCAUUCUUAUGCUUUUGCUUAUCGAUUCCAGGACAUAAAUCUCCAUUCUUUUCUGACACAGACUGUUUAGAUGAGUCUGUUUUCACUUCGUCAAUUUUCUUCAAUAAAUCUUUUGACAGCAACUGA